AUGGCCUCCGAGAAAUCCAAAGCCCGCGAGGCUAAGAAGGCAAAGAAACCUGUCCAGCAUCAAAAGCCCACGAAAAAGACCCCUCCACUAGCUGCAUACAAGAGCCAGGAGUUCGUGCACGAGAGUGACAGCGAUGAAGAAGGGAAGAAUGCGAAGGGGAAGAAGCAUGAGUCAGAGGAAGCAUCCGAUAGCGACGAAGAAUCAUCUUCCGCGGAAUCAAUCAAAGCUACCUCCAAAAGCAAUGGCAAAAUGCCCGCACCCUCGGGAAGCAGCAGCGAGAGUGAGGAUGACAGCGAGGACAGCGAUGAGGCCAGCGAGGAUGAGGACUCCGACGAAGCUACAAACCCAGCUCCGGUAGCUACGAAACCUACAAAGCAACCUGCGAAAAAAUCCACCGAAAAAGUGGUACUGUCCAAUUCACCUCGUCCAUUCAAAGCUCCUGCAGGAUUCAACCCGGCGACAGUAGAUGGAAACUUGGGUGCUUCGACUAUGUUAAGGGAAUCAAAUUUGGCGGGCAAGCAGAUUUGGUAUUUUACCGCGCCGACUUCUGUUCCAAUUUCCUCGCUCAAGGAGAUUUCUCUGUCGGAUGCGACAAAUGGCAAAUCAGUCUUGUCAUACAAGGACAAUGAUUACGGAUUCAUGGAGUCGGCCGAGGACAAGACAUAUACGAAGAUCAUGGUACCAAGCAGCUCCCAUGAUGGGUACCAAUAUGCUUCCAAAUCUAUUGAUCGAGUAUUCCAACUACAUAAAAUCGUUCGAAAUCCUACCACCGAAGAUCCUUCCAAAGCGACAGUCCCCGCCAAAAGACCCGUCAGGCAACAACCUAGAGGCAUGAAGAUGCGAUUCCGUCCUAUUGGCUUUGGCUCUGGGGAAACUGGAAGGAUUGGGUCCGCUACACCUGAGCCUCAAGCAGAAAUGGAUGAGGCUACACCAGCGACCUUCCGUAAAGCCCCCGGAGCCUCUGACUCUGAUUCGGACGAAGUGAUGGAAGAUGCGCCCCCCAUACCCAAGAAAUCACGCACCAAAUCAAAAUCCAGCAAAUCUGAGAAGGAGCCUUCGCUGAAGAGGAAGCAUAGAGAAGGCGGAGAAAAUAAGUCCAAGCACAGUUCGUCCAGCAAAAUGAGUAGCAGUGAACGCAAAGAGCUAAAACGAUUGGAGAAAAAGCAGAGCGCAUCUCAGCUAAGCACAGUCGGCAAUCCAUCAGCGUAA